GGGAGCUGCACCAUGUACAUGUCCUUGCACGAGCAAGAAUUAUGUCGACAGCUGCGCGAACUGCCCCGACGACACAACUACCGCUUUGAGCCGGCUGCCGACCGCGAGCUGCGCGAGAUACUUUUCCGCUCACUUGCAGGCCGUGACGACUUAUUGCCUCUCUUCUUUCCCAACGGGCCGCAAACUGACGGCGACAAGCCAUGGAGCCUGCGCGACGCACAGGGCGCAGUAGAGGGCGCUGAAUACACGGCGGCAGCAAGGGGGAAGCCAUGCGGCCACAUCUUCAAGAAUGGCGAGGCCACAUACCGCUGCAAGACAUGCACCACUGACGACACAUGCGUGCUUUGCGCCCGCUGCUUCGAUGCGUCAGACCACGAGGGGCACCAGGUCUUUGUCAGCGUGUCGCCCGGCAACUCUGGCUGCUGCGACUGCGGGGACGACGAGGCCUGGGUGCGGCCUGUACACUGCAACAUACACUCAGUCGAUCCCGACGGCGAGUCCAAGGCGUCUGGCAAGGCUCGGGAAGGCUCCAUGCUGCCAGACGAGCUCGUCGAGACCAUACGCAUCACCAUCGCGCGAACACUCGACUACCUCAUCGACGUCUUCUCCUGCUCGCCCGAACAGCUGCGCCUGCCCAAGAGCGAAGAAUCAAUCAGACAAGACGAACGCAACUCGCGCCUCACUUCGAGAUGGUACGGCCCCGGAGACCAAUCGGAAGAGUGCGACGAGUACUGCCUAGUGCUGUGGAAUGAUGAGAAGCAUACCGUCAACGAUGUUAGAGACCAAGUUGCACGCGCGUGCAAGCAGAAGCUGGCGUUUGGCCUCGCAAAGGCCUACGAGAUCAAUGACGUGGGACGUAGUGCGAUUGUAUACCGGACAGACAUCAACGAUCUCCUGAGAAUGGCCAAGAUCAUCGAAGAGAUCAAGCUGACAGUCACGAUUCGAUCCGCUCGAGAUACGUUCCGGGAGCAAAUGGGCGGCGCCAUCAUCGAAUGGAUUUCGGACAUUGCAGGGUGUAGUGUGGGCGAAGACAGUCAAAUACUGAGGCGUACCGUCUGUGAGGAGCUGCUAAAGCCGUGGCGCAUCGGCAGUGAGGCAUCAAACCAGGGCAUCGGCAAGAAUGGUCUUGACGACCACGAGAUGGAGGACAAGGAGGCUGAAAUGGAUGGCUUCUUCAGUGGUCUGAUGCCCAUGCAACGACGGGCGCGCAUCAUCCGCGUUCAGCGACAACGAACCACGGAUGCCAACGACGAUACCACUGGGUCCGACGAUGACGACGACGACGAGGAAGGUGGACCUGCAACCGACGCUCAAGAUGAUAUGGACAUUGACGAGGUUGGGGCUCAGGACGAGGAUGGUGAUGUCGAGAUGGAGGCGUACGAAAGUACGGAGGAGACCCUCGACGCACCUGAAGCCACCGUGGCAGGCUAUCCCGCACCGCCACCCCCCCCUCAACGUGCACAGCGGGGCCAGCUUGAACAGAGUGUUACACCCGCAGAAUCUGACAGCGAACCCAUGGUUGGUGCGCCGUCACUUAGCCAUGCUGAGCCAAUGUUGCCAGUCCCCGAGACUCCGCACACUCGGACGCUAUCAUUACGGCCAGCUCGGCCAGCCAAGUACUGGUUGGAGAAACCCGAAAACUACGGGAAAAAACCAGGGACCCCUCCACAUGAGGAUCUUUGGCAACGCCUACGGCUCGACCACCUCAUAUUGUACGACUUGCGCAUGUGGAAGGAAUUGCGCAUUGGCAUACGCGACGUCUUCAUCAGCACAGUAGUCACGAUCCCAGAGUUCAAGCGUUUGCUGGGUCUACGGUUUGCAGGUGUCUACACUGCUCUGGCCCAGCUCUAUCUCAUUGCAGAUCGCGAGCCGGACCACUCCAUCAUCAACCUGUCUCUCCAAAUGCUGACGACUCCGUCAAUUACUUCAGAGGUUGUCGAGCGUGGCAAUUUUCUCACAAACCUAAUGGCCAUUCUCUAUACCUUCCUGACUACACGACAAGUGGGCUACCCCUCGAGCGUCGACCCGAAAGCGACGUUGGCCUUCGAGCAGGGAGCUGUAACCAAUCGUCGCAUGUAUCAUUUCUUCCUCGACAUGAAAUAUCUACUGGGCUCAGAGUUUGUCCAGGAAAGAAUUCGUGAAGAGCCACGGUAUCUCUUGCAAUUCCUUGAUCUUGUCAAGCUUCACCAAGGCAUCUGCCCUAAUGUUCGACAAGUGGGUGAGCAUCUAGAGUUUGAGUCGGAGGCCUGGAUCAGCGCCUCUUUGAUUACACGGGAGAUCAACAAGCUGUGUAGGCAUUUUGCGGAAUCUUUCACCUGGAGCCGCGGGGAGGACCCAACAAACAUCCAACGCGCCAUUCGUGCAGCCGCCAAGGUGGCCUUCAUUAAUUCUCUAGGCGCUGAGCGUAAACGCUUCGACCAGACGGAACUAAAGGAUGAGACCAAAUUCAAGACGUUGGAUAUUCUUGAGUUCCAUUCAGACUCGUCGCUUUCUUCGACAGGGCCUUACAAGAUUGUGGAUUACGUCGUUGCAACUCAACCAAUGAGCUUUCAUCAUGCACUUCACUAUACCGUUUCCUGGCUAAUUGAUCGGGCCCGGAGCAUGGAUCAUGAGGACAUCCUGCGACUGCUUUUGUUCUCUCACAGCGAAUUACAGAUGGACCUUGGCCCAGCUGUAGCGCCCAUCCCAGUCCAUGAGCCUGAGGAUUACCUACUCUCCAUGUUUGAUUUCCCGCUUCGAGUGUGUUCAUGGCUGGCUCAGAUGCGUGCCGGAAUCUGGGUCAGAAACGGCAUAACGUUGCGGCAUCAGAUGACACAGUAUCGCAGUGUAUCCCAGAGGGAUGUUUCUCAUCAGCGAGACAUCUUCCUCUUGCAAUCUGCUCUCGUUCUGUGCGACCCCUCGGUAUUCCUAGCUUCAAUGGUCGACCGCUUUGGACUUGUUGGCUGGAUGACCGGGAGAUACGAAGCUGCCUACCACGAAUUCGAAGACAGCCAAGCUAUCGAUGUGGUAGAAGAUUUUGUGCACUUGCUCAUCAUCAUUCUUAGUGAGCGUACUUCAUUGAUCCCCGCGGAGGAUAAUGAUGAGACUCAAUUGGCCGCUGUGCGCAAGGAUAUUGCGCAUGUUUUGUGUUUCAAGCCCCUUUCCUUCUCCGACAUGACAGCACGUCUAUCGGACCGGAUCCAGAACCUAGACGAGUUUCCCCUAAUUCUCUCAGAAAUGACGAGGUUCCGAGCUCCUGAGGGUUUGUCUGACAGUGGAACUUUUGAAUUGAAAGAGCAGUACAUCGACCUGAUUGAUCCUUAUCUUCACCAAUACAAUCGCAAUCAGAGGGAGGAGGCAGAGAAUAUCUACAAGGCUUGCAUAGCUAAGCAAACCGGGAAGCAAGCUAGCGACAUCGUCUACGAACCAAAACUUCGUCCCAUCACUUCUGGCCUGUUUAAAGACCUGUCGGGAUUCACGAGAACCUCUUUGUUCACUCAAAUCAUCUAUUACCUGCUUGGAUAUGGCCUCAAGGCAGCCACAGUCACACCAAGCAUACCGGCAACUCGCGUGGAAACAUACAUCCAAUUUGUUCUGCAGCUCCUUCUUGUAGCUAUCCUCGAAGACAAGAGUAUGGAGCACGGAUGGUCCGAAAAGGCACCGGAAUCUUUUGUUACUUCAGUCUUGACUCAGAAUGCCAGCAUGGGCAUACAGGGUCACCCUACUGUGCUUUCAAUCUUGAAGGCCCUUCAGGAUAACGAGGCUUUCAAGGUGUGCGAGCCAAAGAUCAGUUUGAUACUGCAUCGACUCAAGCAGCGUCAGCAAGAUUCAUUCAUCAUCGCUGCCGCUGCAAUCAACAUGCCGGCGGAUAGAAUGGACACUGCCUCACCCGCACCCCAGGACAAAGAAUACAAAGAGCUGAAGAAGAAACAGGCACUCGAACGGCAGGCAAAAGUCAUGGCAGCGUUCAAAGAGCAACAAGGGAAAUUCUUGGCUAAUCAGGACUUUGAUUGGGGCGAAGAUGACUUUAGUGACCUUGAAGACGAGACUGGAGGACUUGUUGAGCAAGAGAAGACCCUGAAAUUCCCUUCUGGUACCUGCAUAUUAUGCCAGGAAGACUGCAACGAGCAGCGACUUUACGGCUCCUUUGGCUAUAUCUCCGAGAGUAGGAUCCUUCGGCAAACACCUUUGGAAGAUGAAGAAUGGGUAAGCGAAGUUGUCGAGACCCCAAGCAGCCUUGACCGCUCCGCCGAGCAUCUACGGCCAUUCGGCGUUGCAGGCAAAAAUCGACGCACAAUUGAAAAGGUGACUGCUACGGGUGGACGAGUGACCACCGAAAGGCAGGAACUUGGGAAAGGGUUCCCACCAGCAUCUGUCACACCCGGUCCAGUCACCACUGGCUGUGGCCACAUCAUGCACUUUGCUUGCUUUGAGGUAUAUCUCAAUGCCACUCAGAGGCGCCAUGUCAGCCAGAUUGCCCGGAACCAUCCCGAAAGACCCGAGCUUAAGGAGUUCAUGUGCCCUCUAUGCAAAGCUCUCGGUAACAUCUUCCUGCCAAUCAUCUGGAAAGCAAAGAAAGUGUCGAGCACUGGUGUACUAGAGACUGAACAGACAUUUGAUGGCUGGCUGGAGUCUCAGCUAGUUGCAACUCACAAGAGUCACGAAAAGAGCCUGAAAGCCCCUGCAGACUUGUCGCACGAUCACAAGAUGCUCUACGAGUAUGCAGAGCGCAAUUUUAUCCAACCGGUAUCGAACCGAUUGCCUGACCUGCUCAAGCCACAAUUACCGACGACUGGCCUCGCUCUCGGACAACCGCCAACACAGCUUGCGCCGCGAUUCCAGGUUCCGGCCUUCUUGGGUGUACAAGGCCUGGAAACAAUUGAAGGAUUGGGUCCGUCGCAAGGCAGCCCAGCUUUGACUCCGGAUGUUCCCAUGGGCGAGUUAAUCAAGAUUUACCACAGACUAAGGGACACUUUGAAAGUCAAUAACAUCCAGUCCUCUUUCUCCUAUCCACAUACGCCGGCUAUUUCGGAAGACUUUACGCACACGGAUGCCCUUUCACAGGCCUUAGGGUAUUCAAUUGCCGCAGCAGAGAUUGCCCAGCGAGGCAUCCAGUCUGAAGCGGUGCGCGGGACCUUGAUCGACAAGAUCUCUCCACAGACAAUUACACAUCUCCGUGUCUUUUCAGAGAGCGUCUCUUCAUACAUUGCAGUUGGGGGCUUGCGAGGUCAGGGUCCAACGAAGACUAUGAACGAGUUUUCCGAGAUCCAGCGUCGCCAGUUCCGUCAGUUGUUCGUUGGUCAUCCCGGCAUAUCCGACCCUGACGUGUUGAGCUUUGACCUGAAAGGCAUCGCCCCGCUACUUUCUCAGGAUCCAUUCAUAUUCCUCUCUCAGUGCGCUGUCGGAGUGGUUUCGGCAGCAAAUCUCGACAUUCAUCACAUCAUGCGGUUGUGCUAUCUUGCAGAGAUUGUUCGAGUAGCAUUCGUCUUCGCUCUGGCUAGGAAGCACCCGUCGACCGAAGACAUGUCGCCAGACUCUGAACUCCUCUUCCCGCACCCGGAGCAGUUCAUCAAUCCAGAAGAGGCCAGAAGCAGCUUUGAAUCACCAGAGCAGAUCAAUAAUCUGCUCUUCUUUGUCUGCGUCAUCUACAAUGUGACCAGCAUGGGCGACUCGCCUUCUUCUCUCGACAUUGACAACAUGCGUGUCCCUAAUCGGUUCAAAGAUGCAAACUUCCUCUAUCUCAUGAAGACUAUGGUGUCGAAAUAUGCGCUACCAUUUGUGCGCAAGGCUGCAAUCCUCAUGCACGUUCGCUACGGCAUUGACCUACCACAUGUUUCUGUCGAACGUGCAGAUGAACCCGAACUCUCACGACUAUCCACAAUACUCAGGCUGCCUUCGCUUGACGACAUCUUCGCUUCAUUUGCCAGUCGCACAAGCGCAGCGCACACAACCAGGUCCAUUGUUGGCGGUUGGCUACGACACCUUCUCUGGGUGCAAACGGGCAACAAUCCCCUCAAGCCCACUAUAUCUCUUUCCCACCCCUCCAUCUUUGAGCUCGUGGGCCUACCCAAGAACUACGACACGCUUACCGAUGAGGCGAUACGGCGCCGCUGCCCAAGUACCGGUAAGGAAUUGACGGAUCCAGCAUUGUGUCUGUUCUGUGGCGAGAUCAUGUGCAGCCAAGCUGUAUGCUGCAUGACGAACAAGAACCGCGGAGGCUGUAAUCAGCAUCUAGCCAAAUGCGGCGGCCAAAUCGGUCUUUUCAUCCACAUCCGCAAGUGCAUGGUUCUCUUCCUCAACCUCGACCACGGCACAUGGCACGUGGCGCCUUACCUCGACAAGCACGGCGAAGUCGACCCCGCCCUGCGCCGCCACCACCAGCUCUUCCUCAACCAGAAGCGCUACGAUGCUCUGCUCAGAAAGGUCUGGCUCGACGGCGGCGUCCAGAGCCUGAUUGCCCGGAGACUCGAGGGCGAUGUGAAUAAUGGGGGGUGGGAGAGCUUGUAGAUACACAAAAGAGAGACGGAGAGAUGAUGAUGACGAUGAUGAUAUAAAAUGUCUAGCCAGCUGUAUGUAUGAAUAUGCUCUAGGCGUUUUGCGCGUGUGUUCUGUUUUGUUUUGUCUUGUUUUGUUUUGUUGCGUUGCGUUUGGGGAGCAAGGAACCAACAACAGGCGUUGGUUGAUUGAAUCGUUUUUUUUUCUCUGCCUUCCUUUUUCUUAUG